CUGUUAUCACUCGCUUGAAUCGACUGUUGACCUUUGUUCAUGGCAGAGCAAUCCGUAACGUCAAAAAAGCGACUCGACUCGGAGGAGCGCGAGCAGAAGCCUCCCAUACACAAUGAGGAGUUCUGGUUCGCGGACGGCUCAGCAGUCGUCGUUGCGGGAGAUGCGACCUUUCGCGUGUACGAGGGACUGUUGAUACGGGAUUCCUCCGUAUGCCGCGACCUCUUCGGCGCGCGGCGACGUUCGGCGAAUGCGAAGAGGAUCGAUGGGUGCGUCGUCGUCCGUUUGCCUGAUGUUGCAGAGGAGGUUCGUGUCCUGUUGCGAGCUUUGCUAUCGACUUGGCUAUACCACCAGACCAUGAGCUUUUCGGUCGUCGAGAGCCUGAUCCGUCUCGGCCCCAAAUAUCGCAUCCAGCACAUUACGCAUGCCCGGGCCCUUGUCAGCCCGCCGACGCUAUCGCCGCGGUCAACGUUCAACCUCGCACGCCUAACAGGAACCUUGUUGGUCCUACCCAGCGCGCUCUACGAGUGCUCGAAUCUGCCGACACGAGUGCUCCUGCAAGGCGUACAGCACGGUAACGCUGGCACGGCGACGGCUCGUCUCUCGUUGGAGGACGUCGAGCGCUGCCUGGACGCGAGGAGGCUUCUGGGUCAAGACUAUCUCCUCUCCGCGUUGCGCACCAUGGUGCCAGAGACGAGCGCGGACUGCGAAGAUAUACAGUGCGCCGCGUCCCUCGAGGUUGUGCUCGAGACAUUCAGGUCCGGCGAUCACCAAGAGUCUGUACUUUGUCGCUAUGACACCCUGACUCGUCCGAGUCCGCUGGAGUUGAUCAGACCUGGACCGCUCUGUGGGCCGUGCCAGGAGAUGUUGGAGGAGCGGCAUCGUAGGGAACAACAGAAGACGUGGUCUAGACUGCCUGAGUACUUUGGCAUCGACGUUCCUAGCUGGUCCACCCGUAGACACGGAUCUCAGGAAACCGUCGACGUAUCAGACAGUGACACAGCGUUGGUGUGUUGAAUGGAUGGCCAGGAUCCGAGAGAUGGCCAGCUAUACAGGCGUGUCCACUUCUUAUUCAUCCUGAGGUUCGUCAGACCUUCCAGUCUCCGCCUCCUUCGUGGUGAUUGCAUGCCUCGACCGCAAUCGUCCUGAAGGCAGAUUCGUCUGGACACUGCGAUGUAAAUCCGACGCACACCUGCUUCACAUGCUGGUGGCGCGUUGCUCUGUAUAUACCAGGACGCUACUAGUGCUACAUCAGUACGUGCCACUUGUGCUAAUGCAUCCAAACUUGUCUAUCACCACCAGCGAUUCCGACCUUUGAACUUACAUCACUUUUGCUCGCCUUCGUCAAUUGGAUAGCGUGC